AUGAAAUUAUUCUGGUUCUUUUUGUUUGGUAUCAUUUUUGCAUCACCUAUAAAGGUCUUGACACCUGAUGAAGAUUCCUUUUAUCAACCCCCUGAUAAUUACGAGGAUGAAGAACCUGGUACUAUUUUGAAAAUGAGAAUAGCUCCCUAUCAAAUCAGAAGUCUUUAUUUCCCUGUCAAUGUAUCAAAUGUUUGGCAAGUAUUGGUAAAGUCGGAAGAUGUUUUAGGUAAUGCUUCACUUGUGGUUUCUACAAUUUUUGAACCAUAUAAUGCUAAUAGUUCACGUUUAGUAUCAUACCAAGUUGCUGAAGAUUCUGCCUUUGGUAAUUGUGCACCUUCUUACUCAUUUGUUGGGGGUGGUAUUAGUACUAUAGUUGCCAAAUUAGAAAUGUUCUUAAUUCAGACUGCUUUAGAUCAAGGUUAUUAUGUUGUUGCACCAGAUUAUGAAACUACUAAAAGUACAUUCACAGUAGGACCAACUUCAGGUUUGGCAACAUUGAAUUCAAUUAGAGCAACUCUUCUGACAGGUAAUGUCACCAAUAUAUCACCUGAUGCUGAGGUUGUUAUGUGGGGUUAUUCAGGAGGUACUAUCGCUAGUGGUUGGGCAGCUGGUCUUGCACCAACUUAUGCAGAAGAUUUAACUAGUAACUUGAAAGGUUGUGCCAUUGGUGGCUGGGUCACCAAUAUCACUGCUGUUGCAGAAAUUAUUGAUGGUUCAAUUUUCGUCGGUUUAACUCCUAGUGCCAUUGCUGGAUUAACUAAUCAAUAUCCUGAGUUAAGAUCAUUUGUAGAAGAGCAAAUUUUGCCUAACAAAACCAAAAGUUUUGAAAAAGCUUAUGAAUUAUGUUUAGCUGAUUCCAUCUUAAACUAUGCUUUUGAUGAUAUCUUUGCUGGAGAGAACAGAUACGCCAAGAAUGGUUGGGACAUUCUUAAAGCACCUGUCAUUCAAGAAAUACUUUUACAGAAUACUUUAGGUAUUAAUGCAACCGAAGAUGUCAAGCCAGAAAUACCUAUGUUUGUCUACCAUGGUGAAAAAGAUGAAAUUGUUCCUUACAAGGAUUCACAAAGAGUUUAUGAAGUCUGGUGUGAUGGAGAUGGUAUGGAUUCCUUUGAGUUUGCAACAGCUUCUUCCACGGGUCAUAUUUUAGAAGUUAUUGAAGGUUCAGGUGCAGCACUUAGAUGGAUUAAGAAAGUAUUUGAUGGUGAAGAAUUAGUUCAAGGAUGUAAGAAAACCAAGAGAUUAACCAAUCUUUUCUAUCCUGGAGCUUUUGGAGAAUACAUAGAUCUUAUCAAAGCUGCCAUUAAAAAUAUUAAAGACGAUGCCAUCGGUCCUAAUACUAAAAGAAGUCUCUUCGAUGAAGAUUUCGCCGACAAUUUUGAAAUCCAGUCACUUAUUAAGUUCCUUUACUCCAUAGAAGAUGAAAGGUUUAUGUAA